AUGGCUAUUUUAUCCUCUUUUAAUUUACUUUUUUUAAGAAUCAGUCUUCUGUUAACAUUAGCUUUCUACUGUUUAAAAGAUGUCAAUAUAAUUUUAAAUAAUUCAUAUUUUGAUGUUUUGACACAAGCAAUGAAUCUUCCAGCCAUUCAAAUGUCUCGUUUCAGUGGUCAAUUGGGAUUCUUUAGUGUUCUCUUUGUAUUAUUAGCAAUUAAUGAUUUGAUCCCACUAUUGGAAGAUAAUAAACAAUAUUUUUUUUCAGUGGUUCCAGUAAGAUUAACCGUGUUUUUCAUUUUGACUACAGUUUCAUACUGGGGUCAAGAUUAUUACUAUUUACAUAACAAUGUUGUCUUUAUUUAUUCAUUUGCUGAGGUUUGGUUAAAUUUCUUAAUUUAUACAUCUAUUAGAGAAGAGAGAAAUGCAGAUAUCAUAAUUCAAAAGAAGGCCUUAUCUGAAGCUGAAUUAAUCAAUUAA